AUGCCAGCAACUACUUGGAGCUGCUCGCGCUGCACGUUUGAGAAUGAGGUGCGUGCGCGUCAGUGCGCCAUGUGCUGGAGCGAUUGGGUGCCGGAGCAGUCCAAUGCGUCGCCUCUUGCUGUGGUAUCGGACCACGGGAAACUGAAGGAGGAGAAGACGGAGGAGACGGUGCAGUCCCCGUCUGUGCUGCUCUAUGGAGUCGGCAGUUCAGCGGAAAAAGAGCAGCAGCGCGUGCAGAAGAAGCUGCAGCAACUCAAGGACUUGGGCAUCGAGUUGCCGGAGGACGAGAUGCUGACGUGGCUGCAACGGAACUGCUUCAGUGUAUCGGGGGCAGCGUCCGCGUACUUUGAGCGAAAGGAGCAGCGCGAGGCAGUGGCUAGAGCUGAUCCAAAGGACGACGAGAUGACGCAAAGACUGGAGAAGCUGAUGGAAAUGAUGGACAGGGAGAUGGAGGACGUUGAGGUGCUGGGCAAGACGACUAUGCAAGCUCUGGUGACCCGCCCGGGCGUCCAGCUAUGUGCAGGUGAGGGACUGCUGUUGCAGGCGGAGAAUGCCGGCAAAAAGAGGAUGAGACCCGGGCUAUCGAGCCCUUGCGCGGUGUCGGGGAUCGUGAGGGUUGCCACGUUGCAGCGCACACAGAUUGGGCGUCUUGAGAGAAACAUGGAGCUGCUACUGCAUCCGUUGAUGAAAAGCGGACUUGUCAAACUCGCAGGCGUGUGUGAAGUGCUGCCUGUGUCGUCGCGCAUGUUUGCGUCGUUUGAUGUGCUUGUGUUUGUCUGCAUCAAAAGAAGCGCAUUUGACGUGUUCACGGAAGGCAACCCGAACUUCCACCUCUCCGAUCACCUGUACGAGCUGCUCCAAAAGUUUGAUGGGUCUGUAGCACCUUCUCCAGAUGCCAAAGUGUCCCAAUCAAUCUCUGGGCCAGAUGGUCAGUCGUCACAGGUGAACCCUGAAGAUCUGGACACUCUUUUCUCUGAGUGUGGAGAAAAGGAACUUCACCGUGCGGCUGAACGCUUGGAAGAGGACCCAUCGGAGCACCUUGUAGAAUACCUGAAUGAGAUCAAGCUGCGAGACCAUCAAAAGCAGGCAUUGAGGUGGAUGCUGUGGCGAGAAGAUCAGCUGAGAGAAGGCGCUUGUGAACAGCAGAUCGACGAUUUGAUGUGGAAGGAGCGUCGAUUCCGAUCGCAGAGCACAUAUUUCGUGAAUCCAUUUGAAAAAAGUGCGUCGCUUACUCGACCAAGACCUCCUGCACCUUGUCUAGGCGGAAUCCUGGCAGACGAUAUGGGAAUGGGCAAAACAAUGAUGAUGCUUUCGCUAAUUGCUUACCAGAAGCACGUCGGUGGAAAAACGCUGAGCGACGACGACUUGCCAAGUGAGAGAAGCAGGAAGGCAACAGGGGGGACUCUAGUGGUUUGUCCAUUGAGUCUACUUCACCAGUGGAAAAAUGAAGCGUUGGAACGCUUCCGUCCCGACACUCUGAGCGUUUGCUUACACUACGGCGAUGACCGUGACACAAACACAGGUCUUGCUAUAUCACGUUUCAGCAAGAGCGACAUCGUGCUCACCACGUACGGAGUGCUAUCAGCAGAAUUCAGCAGGAAUGGUCCUGUUAUGACGACUACGUGGAACCGUGUCAUUCUUGAUGAAGCUCAUAGCAUCAAGAACAGGUCCGCAGGCUAUUUCAAGACGUGUUCGGCCUUGAAAGCUACACAUCGAUGGUGUCUGACGGGCACUCCCAUUCAGAAUACUCUGGAUGACAUGUUCUCACUGCUUUGCUUCCUCAAGUACCAGCCCUGGUCUCGAAUCGCCUGGUGGAAGAGAGUGAUUAUAAAACCGUACGAAGACGGCAAGGAUGUAAACACGUUGAGUCGCUUGAAGGCGAUCCUGACGCCAAUAUUGCUUCGCCGCACCAAGCGUUCACGAGACAAGCAGGGCAAUAUGAUUGUCAAGCUACCCCCGAAGCAUGUCGAAUUGGUGAAGCUAGAGUUCUCGCCCGAUGAGCGUGCCUUCUACCAGGCAGUAUACGAUCGAAGCAGGGCUGAAUUCAACGGUUUUGUUGCAAGCGGUACAGCAGCGACAAGUUACGUUGCCAUUUUCGCCCUGUUGCUCCGUCUCCACCAAGCUUGCGACCAUCCUUUACUUGCACUUGGAAAAGAUUUCGAGCAGGCGUUAAAGUCCGACGCCAAGCACACAGGAGCGACUGCAGCAGCACACGUCAAGCCAGCUUUCCAGCCUCAGCCAAAUGAGAGCUCUAAAGCGUACUACUUGCGCAUUGCAGCUCACUUGCAGAAAAGUAUGCAAGCCAGCAACCAUCCACAGCUACUUCAAGACGAACGUGACGGAUCAGCCAGCGAGGCAAUCAUGACAGGGGGACUCACGGCUUCCUACAUCCAGAACGUGAUGGCUCAGGUCGAAGACGACUUGGAUUCCCAAGAGUGUCCGAUCUGCCUGGAUCCACCGCGCGACGCAGUCUUGACACCCUGCGCCCAUGUAUUGUGCGGCCAGUGUCUUCGAGACAGUCUUGCCAACGAUCCCGAAGACGGUUGCCCCGUGUGCCGAACCGUGGUCGACGUUGCCAGGGUUUACAAGCUACCGCCACCGUCUGCAUCAAGGACACAGGACAAUGAGGACGUUCAAGACAGUAGUCCACUGAACAAGACCACGCACGCCAACGCUGUUGUCUCUGCGACUAGAGUCAAUAACAAUAGCGCAGGCUUCGAGUCUGCCAAGCUGCAGCAGCUGCUCCGCGACCUGACCCAGAUCAAGCUCGAGAAUCGCAGUGCCACGUCGCCCAAGAAGAAGCGAAAAGUGGUUGUCUUCUCGCAGUGGACGUCGAUGCUGGACAUGGUGUCGCAGCUCCUCUCGCGUCACGGAUUCUCGCACUGCACGUUCAACGGCGGCCUCAACCGGGAGGCACGCGAGCGCGUCUUGACCAAGUUCGCUACGGAUCCAGACGUGGAGAUUCUCGUCAUCAGUCUGCGAGCCGGUGGCGUCGGCCUCAACCUCACGUGCGCGUCCGUGGUGAUUCUACUGGACCCGUGGUGGAAUCCUGGAGUCGAGGAGCAAGCCAUUGAUCGCGUGCAUCGGCUCGGCCAGACCCAAGACGUUCAGGUGAAGCGCUACGUGGUGACCGACACGGUCGAAGACAUGAUCUUGCAGCUGCAGCAGCGCAAACAGAGGCUCGCAACGCGCGUGCUGGUGGUCGCCAAGGCGUGCGACGAGCAGCGCAGCGAGCGCCUGAACUUGGACGACCUGCGCCGCUUUUUCCGCUGA